AUGCUAUCCGUACAAGUCCUCAUCCUCGGCGCGCUCGCCACCUUCGUGACCGCUCAGCAGAUCACACUGACGCCGAGCACCGUCCGCGGCGGCGCCUGCCCCGUGACCCUCACCUCGACCAUCAAGCAGACCCAGACCGUCACGUCCGUGUCCACGACGACGCUCACCUCGGUGUCGACCGUGACCUCCACCUCAACCUCGACUGCAACCUCGACCGUCCGCCAGACCAUCACGUCCGUCGCCACCGUGACCCGCGCCUGCGUGAGCUGCCCGACGCUGACCGCGACCGCAACCGCCUGCCGAACCUGCCUCGUGCCCGGCUGCACCACGACGGUCGCCGUCAACAAGCCGUGCGGCUGCGACAACCUCUCCACCACCUCCAUCGACCUCGGCUGCGACGCCCCCAACGUCUGCAACAGAAUCGGGUGCAAGACCGUCUACGAUAUCAAGACUGCUUCGUGUUAA